AUGCCCAUCCCUGUCGCUAUUGUUGGGUACGGCAACUCGGCACGCACAUUCCACAUUCCGUUUAUUACGUCGCUUCCUGAUCUAUACCGACUUGCUGUUAUUGUGCAACGGCCACGCACACCGACGUCGACGUCGCACGACGCCAAGAAGGCGCACCCAAACGUAAACGUCGUCCCUGACUUGGAUGCUGCGCUCGCGGCACUCCCUGUCGGCACCGGUCUUGUUAUUAUUACCACGGAUAAUGCUUCACAUAUACCGUACGCGAAAAAGGCGCUCGAGUCAGGAAAGCAUGUUUUGGUCGAGAAACCACUCGCACUGCACGAGGAUCAAGUCGAAUCGCUCGAAAACUUGGCACGCGAAAAGGGCUUGGUAUGUACAGUUUACCAGAAUCGUCGGUACGACGGCGACUUUUUGACUUUGAAAUCUUUGCUGCGUUACGAUGGGCAGCAUCCGUCAGCAUUGGGUCUCCCGACAUAUUUUGAAUCCCGCUUUGACCGUUUUCGCCCUAUCGCCAAGGGUGGCUGGCGUGAAGAAGUCGAUCCGCACACAGAAGGUGGUGGUAUGCUGUGGGAUUUGGGUUCACAUCUCGUUGACCAAAUUGUCUCUUUGUUCGGGCCACCGGCUAUGAUCUAUGGGAUGCUCCGCAAUCAGCGGAAUCAAGGACCUGUGAAUGUGGACGACGAUUGGCUUGCUGUUUUGUCAUACCCCGAUAACCCUCCUUUUGCUGGCGAUUUCCAUGCGCCUGGGACGCGUCUUGGGGGACUCCGUGUUGUGCUUGGCGCUACAUGCUUGUCUACGCAUGUCGAUGCUGAGCAGCCGCGAUUCCGUGUGGAAGGUACGCAUGGAUCCUACAUCAAGCGUGGCACGGACCCGCAAGAGGCACAACUCAAGCGUGGAUGGACUCCGAAAACGCACGGCGAGGCGUUUGGUGUAUACGAAAAAAGUGAGCCAGCCGCGGUACGUCUUGCGCGGCUCACUACAUGCUGCACAACAGAAGAGCCGGCUACAGCUGCUAAACCUCCUCCGCUUGCAGUGAGUGAUAUCCCCAUACUCCCUGGCAGUUACGUGAGUUUGUACAGCAAUAUUGCCGACGCGAUUCACGCGGCGGAUGAUGCAAAGGACGCCGCAGAUGCGAGCGACGCUAUCCAGCGUAUCCUGGCUGUAAAUUUGAGUCAAAUAGCCGAUGCUACGCGCGUUCUUCGCAUGAUUCGGCAGAGUGCAGAGGAGGGACGCAGUGUGCCUUUCCGCUGA